AUGGAGGACUUCAACAGUGAAACAGAUAGUGAUUAUACCAGCUACUGGCGCGACUGGGUAACGAGACGUUACGGCGGGUGCUGGGCAUCGUGGGUUGGGGGGUCGAAUGGGCCAUCGAAUGAAGCACAAGACGGCGCUGCCUUGCGCAACACGAAUGAAGCAGAUUAUGCCGUUGCCUUGGUCGCCAUUGUUGCCGCGGCGAUUGAACCGUUUCCGGGGACGACAAUGCGAUAA